AUAUAAUAAGUUGAUCAGUAAUUAAAGAUGAACUCCGUUCCUACCCAAGCAGACUUUCAAGAUGCCCAUUUAUCGUUAACCGGAGAAGAACAGAAGUAUCGAGAAAGACUACAAGAGUAUAGUGAGACCCGAUUCAGCAAUACGGAUUUAGUUUAUCCAUGGAGUUUUGAAACGGUGCCCGGGUUCUUCAAACAGGCAGAUGACAAGACUGAUGAUAUGGAAUUUGACUAUUUGCAAGAGGGGUUUGGGAAACUUAAACCGUGGGAACAAGUGCAAAAGGAGAUUGAACAAUUGAAUGCUAAUGCCUCAGAUAAUGAAGUCUAUAAGAUUAUUUUCUGUGGUAGACAUGGACAAGGAUACCAUAACGUGAUUGUUAGUAAAUAUGGGUACGAAGAGUGGGAUAAGAAAUGGCAUUCGUUAACUAAAGACGGUGAUAUUACUUAUGCACCCGACCCUGAAUUGACAAGUUUAGGAAUCGAACAAGCUAAGGCCAAUAAUGAAGCUUGGAAAAGAGAAAUCAAGGCUGGAUGUCCAAUUCCAACUAAAUUUUAUAGUUCUCCGUUACAAAGGUCAUGUUAUACUUUGUUAUAUACCUGGGAUGGAAUCCCCCAAAAAAAUCCCCCGGUAAUUACUGAAACUAUUCGUGAAACCAUGGGAUUGAAUCUAUGCGAUAAGAGAUCGUCACGCCAGACCAUCAAGGAUAGAUUCGGGCCCCAUGGUUUCAUCAUCGAUGACCUGGUUACUGAACGAGAUGAUUUGUAUCUGAAUGUUUACCGGGAAAAACUACAUGAACAUGCAAUUCGAGUGAAUUCAUUUUUGCAAUCAGUGUUUGACCAAGAUUGGAACCCUGAUGAAUGCAAAGUUGAUAAGAAGUCGGCACUUGAAAAUAGCUACGUCUCAACCACUACUCAUGCCGGCUGUAUUCGGGCCUUCAUUCUUGUAGUUGGCCAUCGUCGCUUCACCAUUCCAACCGGAGGUAUGAUACCUUUGGUGGUUAAAGCUACUAGAAGAGUAUAGAUAUCACACGAGUACAAUAAGGCAAUGCCCAUUAAAUGUCUACUGAAUGCCUAUUGGAUGACUAUUAGAUAGAUAUUAUUUGGAAAAGCU